AUGGGCUUCAAAGUCAUCAUUGUCGGUGGCAGCGUCUCGGGCCUCUCUUUAGCUAACAUGCUGGAGAGGCUCAACAUCAACUACACCCUCCUCGAGGCAUAUCCUGAUAUUGCGCCGCAGGUUGGCGCGAGUAUUGGUUUACUCCCCAACGGAUUCCGUAUUCUUGAUCAACUAGGCUGUUUCGAACCAAUCCUUGAGAUGGUUGGAGAAUACCACCUGAAAAACAGCCUCUGUGGCCCGGACGGCAAACCAUUGGGCCCGCCUAGCAUAGUGAAUAUCCAACACCUGGAAGCUCGGCUUGGUUACCCUUCCAUCUUCAUCGACAGGCAGAUGCUUCUGCAGGUUCUCUACGACAACCUGAAGAACAAAGACAAAGUUAUCCCAGAGAAACGAGUCGCAAAGGUCGAGCUCCUGAAGGAAGGAGUAUGUGUGCACACAAAAGAUGGCUGCGUCUUCGAAGGCGACAUCGUGGUCGGGGCAGAUGGCAUCCAUAGCACAGUCCGGGAAGAGAUGUGGCGCAUUGGUCAUGAAGAACGACCAGGCUACUUUCCUGUUGACGAGCACUCUCGCGUCGGUAACAUUAAGUACGGGAAGGACAUACCAAGGUAUUCCAAAGAAGACACCGAGGAGCUGGCUCUCGAACACUGGGAGGAUCUAGUCUUCGAGAAUGUCACGUUCGGCGACAUCUACAAGAACAAGAUCAUGGCCACGUUGGUGCCUUUGGAGGAGUACGUUUUUGAGAAGUGGCAUUAUCAGCGGAUCGUAUGCAUCGGCGAUGCCAGUCAUAAGAUCGACCCUAUUUCUGGUCAAGGAGGCAACGGCGACCUGGAGGCUGCGGCACUCCUUACAAAUGCCCUGACCGAUAUGCUGGAAAAGAAUCCAAAGGUCCAACCGACGGAAAGUGUUGAGGCCGCCUUGGCCCAGGUUCACAUCAACCGCCACGAGCGAGCGAAGACAUUGGUAGCGAAUGCCCAUGCGCUUCAGCAGGUCUUGACAGGAAGAUCACCGUACUCCAAGAUCGUCACCAAGUAUCUCGCCCCCCUGUUGGGUGAUGAAGGUUUCCUCGGUAGAGCGAUCCCCAGUUGCAAGGCUAGCCACAGAGUUUACAGGCUGCCCUUGCCCCAGCGACGCCGCCUUGUGCCUUUUGACGAUGAACUUCCUGCCUAA